CUUCCGGUUCACAGUGUCUAUCCACCUCACCUCAGUCCUGCCAUCAUCAGGAAAUGGAAUGAAAGUUGGAGCUCUAGUGUGGACAAUUCAUUGUGGUGUCUUUAACUAUGCCGAGGCUCUUAAAGACACGGUGACAACACUUGAGAGUACAUCACUCCGCACGAUCACAACACACUGAGCAACAGUUAUGGACGGCUUUGAUGUGCAGCAGCUUAUAUUAGACAUGAAUAUGAACUGGACGCCGGUGAUUGCAGCCACUGUUUGCGGUGCAGGUGCAUUAUAUCUCUUCUUGAAAUGGAGAAAUAAUCAGAAGAUUCAGAAGAAAAUAUUAAACGCACGGAAAAGACGAGAUAAAUCUUUUCAACAGGCUGAACAAGCGGUGCAACAAUUUAAAACAGAGAACCCAGACUUUGAGAGCAGCUCUAUAGUGUCUCUGUCUUUGCCUGAGCUCACUGGGAAACUCAAGGACGGCUCCCUGCAGCCAGACGCUGUGCUUUAUGCCUUUAUGGAAAAGGCUCUGGAGGUGAGCAAGAAUCUGAACUGCAGCACUGAGAUCUUAAUGGAGUCCGUGACGCAGCUGAAAGACAUCAACACUCAAAAGAAAGGUCUUCUGUAUGGAGUGCCCAUCAGCAUCAAGGACAAUGUCGCAUAUGAGGGUCAUGACGCUUCCUGUGGUGUGGUGAGUAAGUUGGAUCAGCCUGAGCCUGGGGACAGUGUGGUGGUUACAGUGCUGAAGAAGCACGGCGCGAUCCCAUUCAUCAAGACCAACAUACCACAAAGUCUUCUCAAUUAUGACUGCAGUAACCCCAUUUAUGGGCAAACCUUGAACCCCUGUAACCUUCAGAAGACCCCUGGUGGUUCAUCCGGAGGAGAGGGAGCUCUGAUUGGCGGAGGCGGCUCCAUCCUGGGCCUAGGCACUGACAUUGGUGGGAGCAUUCGUAUCCCAGCAUCCUUCUGUGGGAUUUGUGGAUUUAAGCCCACAGCAAGGAGGCUAAGCAUUCAAGGAAUCGGUUCAUGCGUCAAAGGCCAGAAAUCAGUGUUGUCCUCUCUUGGCCCUAUGGGAAGGGACGUUGAAAGCUUGGCACUGUGCAUGCGGGCACUGCUCUGUCAGGACAUGUUCUCCUUAGACCCCACCAUCCCUCCCAUACCAUUCAACCAAGAGCUGUAUGAGAGCUCAGAGCCCCUGAGGAUUGGUUAUUAUGAGAACGAUGGGUACCUGCAGCCAUCUCCGAGCAUGGCCAGGGCAUUCAGGGAGACUAAGGACCUGCUGGAGAGAGCGGGGCACACGCUGGUUCCAUUCCAACCCCUGCGGCUCUACCAUGUCUUCCAUGAGUUGAUUUUAAGAGGGAUCUUGGGUGACGGAGGUCGUGCCCUCCUUAGUCAUCUGAAUGCAGGUCCCAUUGACCUGUGUCUCCGCCCUCAGGCCAUCAUGCUGAGCACUCCGCGCUUCAUAAAGAAGCUUGUUUCUGUUGUUCUCAAGCCUUUUUAUCCACGGUUGUCUGCAACCAUAGAUGCAAGUAUUGGAGUCGGGUCUGUGGCAGAUUUGUGGAGACAACAUGCAAAUAUUGAGGAAUACAUUCAGGAGGUGAUAGCUGAGUGGAGGAGACUGAAUGUGGAUGUAUUGCUGUGUCCCAUGCUUGGACCAGCCUACAAUUUCCAUUACUGCGGGAAACUCAACAGUGCUGCCAGUUACACCAGUCUGUACAACCUGCUGAACUUCCCUGCCGGGGCCGUGACCGUGUCUACAGUGACAGAGAGGGACGAGGCACAGCUCAGUCAGUACACGGGUGCCCAUGGGGACAUGUGGGACAAACUCUUCGUUAAGGCAGUGAAGGGUGGUGUUGGUCUCCCUGUGGCAGUGCAGUGUGUAUCUCUGCCGUGGCAGGAUGAAAUGUGUCUGCGCUUUAUGAGAGAGGUGGAACAGCUCACAGCCAAGAGCAAACUCACCAAGAAACAUUAAUGACUGAAAUUCUGCUGCAUAUGUUUGUGGGCUGCUAACGGUUCAGUCCCAGGUGAGUCAUGAGCAGGCCUGCACUGAAUCUGUGACCGCAGAAACAUCCACAGACGUUCUAGGAAGCUCACAAAUCCUAUAUGUUGUUGCCUCAGUGAUUGUGUGUUAAGGAUUUGGAAGAAAUAAUGGUACUAUAAUAUUCAUUUACUUAUUUUUCAAUGUUAAAAUACUUUUAUUAAUAUUCUGAAAUUACUAUAAAUAAGCCAUUUGUAUGUUUGUCAACCAGUGGUAUACGGGAAGAAUCUAUGUGAAAUUAGGCUUUAUUUUCCACAAUAACAUUUGGUGACGAUAGUGCCGCAGAAAUUGCACACCUUAAUAAUAAAUAACAAGUAACUGUAAAUCAUUUCUCACAAUGUUAAUGAAACAUGAUUAUUCACACUCCGUAUAGAAGCAAUGCAGCUUCAUCAAGACUGAAUGAGGAUUUGAAUGUAUCUCUUUCAUUUCUGUAUCACUUUGUAUAAUUUAAUGCCACACAAAUUCAAUAAAGUAAAAAUGAAUCAGA